AUGUCAUUUCGAUUGCAGACCACCAAAGCGCGCGCGAGUACCCUUAAACUACCACACGGCGAUGUCCCGCUCCCGAUCUUCAUGCCCGUCGCGACUCAGGCAUCCCUCAAAGGCUUGACGUACGAUCAGCUGCGCGAGACAGGAUGCAUGCUCUGUCUGAAUAACACAUACCAUCUAGGACUGAAGCCCGGCCAGGCCGUGCUGGAUGCAGUUGGUGGAGCGCACAAGUUACAAAGUUGGGAUCGCAAUCUCUUGACAGAUAGUGGCGGUUUCCAAAUGGUGUCGCUUCUUGAAUUGGCGACUGUUACAGAGGAGGGUGUUCGUUUCCUCAGUCCGCAUGACGGCUCGCCUAUGCUACUUACUCCCGAGCAUUCGAUCUCUCUGCAAAAUUCUAUCGGUUCUGAUAUCAUUAUGCAAUUGGAUGAUGUUAUUGCGACUACAUCGCCAGAUCAUGCGCGUAUCAAGGAGGCUAUGGACCGCUCUGUGAGGUGGUUAGAUCGCUGCAUUGAAGAACACAAGUACCCCGAGAGGCAAAAUUUGUUCUGUAUCAUUCAGGGUGGCUUGGAUCUCGAGCUGCGCAAGCAAUGUUGUGAGCAGAUGGUGGCGCGAGAUACUCCAGGUAUUGCCAUUGGAGGUCUUUCUGGCGGCGAGGCGAAGGAAGAAUUCUGCAAAGUGGUUGAUACGUGCACCGGACUUCUGCCGGAAAAUAAACCCAGAUAUGUCAUGGGCGUGGGAUAUCCGGAGGAUAUUGUAGUAGCCGUUGCUCUGGGCGCAGACAUGUUCGAUUGUGUUUGGCCGACGCGCACAGCGCGAUUCGGAGACGCCAUUGUCUCUUCUGGGACUCUGAAAAUAAGCCACAAGGUGUAUGCCGAUGACUUCCGUCCGGUCGAAGAAGGCUGCACUUGUGUCUGCUGUCGUUCGACUGACCAGGGAGGUCUCGGGCUGACCAGAGCAUACAUGCACCAUAUUACUGCGAAAGAGACCGUUGGCGCUCACCUUCUUACCAUCCAUAAUGUUCACUAUAUGUUGAACAUGAUGAAGAACAUCCGACAGGCCAUCCUCGAUGAUCAGUAUCCUGCUUUCCUUCGCAAGUUCUUCUCUGACAUCUAUGGGGGCGACAAAACAAAGUUCCCCGAGUGGGCAGUGGGCGCUUUGAAGGGAGUCGGAGUGGACUUGUUGGCGGAUUCAUAA